CCCACUAUCCAAUCUAAAGCUAUUCUGUCUCAGAGAGAAGCCAUUCUCCCUUGUCCAGUAACUUCAGGCCCUUGUAAGUAGUCUCUCUCCGUCUUUUUUGUUGGCUCCCUUCAAGUAGUGCAAGGCCACACUCAGAUCACUCAAAGCUUCUCUUCUCCAGGCUGAACAAUCCCAAUUCUCUCAGCCUUUUCUCAUAGCAUAAGGUGCUCCAUCCUUCUGAUUAUCUUGGGGUCUCCUCUGGACUCUCCAGCAGUUCCAUGUCCUUCCUGUGCUUGCACCCCAGAGCUGCAGGAAGCACUGCGGGUGGGGUCUUACCAGAGCAGGGCAGAAUCCCCCCCUCCCCUGCUGCUCACACCGUGGGAUCAGCCAGCACACAAGGGCAGAUCCAGCCUCUCAUUCACCAGCAUCCCCAAGUUCUUCUUAGCCAGGACUGUUCUUGAUCUCUUCAUCCCCCAGCCUGGUUUGCUGUUGGGGGAUGUCUUGAUCCCCAUGCAGCACUAGCACUUGGUCUUGUUAAACCUCGUGAGAUUGCCAUGGGCCCUCUUCUUGAGCCGUGUCCAGGUCUCUGUGAUAGCAUUUCGUCCUUCAGGAUGUGGAGCUGCUAAAAUGAGUCCAGAGGAGGCCAGAGGUGCUCGAAGGCUGGAGCCUGUCUGUUCUGGAGACAGGCUGAGAGAGCUGGAGGUGUUCAGCCUGGGGAAGAAAAGGUUCCAGGGAGACCUUAGAGCCCCUGACUUCAAGAGAGCUGAAAACAGACUUUGGACAAGGGCCUGGAGUGCCAGGACAAGGGGAAAUGGCUUCCCUCUGCCAGAGGGCAGGGUUAGAUGGGAUGUAUUGGGAAGGAAUUGUUCCCUGUGAGGGUCGUGAGGCCCUGCACAGGUGUUCCCAGAGAAGCUGUGGCUGCCCUUUGGAAGUGUUCAUGGCCAGAUUGGAUGGGGCUUGGAGCAACCUGGUCCAGAGGAAAGUGUCCCUGCCCAUGGCAAGGUAGUGGUACUUGAUGAUCUUUAAGGUCCCUUCCAACCCAAACCAGUUUGUGAUUCCAUGAUGAGUGUCUGACUGACUCCACAUCAGUCAGUUGGGUGCAGAGAAAUUGUUAACAUUUAUUAAUUUGCUUUUCUUCUCUGUUUCUUUUCUCUCAUCCAAUAUUUUUGGAAUUUGUUUCUAUUUAUUAUCUCACCUCACAAAUUUCUCUUUUUUUUUUUUCCUUACUGAAUUGCCAGCUGGGGUUAAAGCACAAGAUUGUUCCCCAGGUCCAUUGCCCUUCUCUGGACACACUCCAGCAACUUCAAUGUCUUUAUUGCUGUGCGGGGCCCAAAACUGAAUACAGGAUUCAAGCUCUGACCUCACCAGUGCCCAGCACAAGGGCAUGAUCACUGCCCUUGUGUCAUGGAGGCUCAUGAAAUGGAGACAAAUCAUGUAUUCAAAAGAGAUCUAUUUUAUGAAGCAGUUAACCUCCUCCCGCUCCCAGUAAUUACAGAUCCAACAACAACUGAAGACAGAUUCAUUAUGUCAAGUGGAAUUGUUAUGACCUGACUGACUUAAAGAAUCCUGAAGGUUCCAGCAGGGCAACGUGGAAUGCACUGUCAUUGUGCCCAAGGCAGCAAGGACUCUCCCUUGGGCUCCUGUGGGCUCCAAAGGGGGUAUCCAAAAGGGGGUACUGACUGCCCCAGGAUGACGCAUGGGGGCUCUGUCUGUCCCACACUGUCACAAAGGGAUUUCUGACUGCCCCACGCUGUCACAAAGAGGGUUCUGCCUGUCCCGUGAUGUCACACAGGGGACUCUGGCAGACUGCCGGGCUAUAAAAGGGGCCCCACAGGAGCAGACAGUGCUGGGCACGACAAUCUGUCUUGGCAGACAACAGCCUCAGCCUCUGCCACCCCACCAGGGUUGGAUUCCCCUCACUGGGGUCCUGCAGGUCUCUGGGGAGCCUCUUCACCGGCCUGUGCUGGUGACCUGGAGUGCUACGGACAGCUCCAUGUGGUUCCUCAACACCUUCACCAUGGCUGAGCUGGUGGCAAUCACGAUGGUGGUGCUGCAGCUCAUCUUGGUCACUGUCAUGCUACGGGACAAGUGUCUAUGGAGGAUCCAUCAGAACUCAAAGCAUCCAAGCGCAGCGAGAGGCCGGCUGGAGGGGCAGAGCAACGCGGAGAGGACACGGAGAUCAGCAGGCGUGGAACUGCCCCGCGGCAGGUCCCCACGCGGUUCCAUGAGCUCCAGGAGGCGUUUCCCAAGGUUCAUCCGGAGCUGCCGGGACUCCCAGGCGCUCUUCGAGGAGCACCGCAAGGAGCUGGAGGCGCAGCUGGCCCAAUGGCGAUGGGGCAGGGGAAGCGGCAGGGUGGUCCACGCUGAUCCGCAUGUUAUGCCAAGGCUGCUAGGGGCCAGAGAGUGUCCCCAGUGCCUUGGAGUGGACUUGGCAAGGCCAGACAUGAACAAGGUGACACAAGAGGACAAAUGUAAGAACAUAAGACGAUACAGCAGCAACAGCUCCAGUAUGCUGGAACGCAGAUACAGCACCAACAGCUCCAUUAUGCUGGAACGCAGAAGGUCUAUGGCAAUAGCCAGGUUACUCCCUAGACUAGUGGUUAUCAUGAAUCCCAUUGUACUUGAAAGCAGCAGCAGCUCAAUGGAGCUGGAAUACAGCACCAGCACUGCUGCUGGAAGGUUCCUGGGGCAGCUUCAUGCCCGCCUUCGGAGAUACCUGGAAGCCUGGCAGACACGUCAUGUUCAGCACCGCCGGUGCUUCGGCAUCCGCUUCAAGUCCCAGUGGUGGCGACGGUGCUGGACCCACUUGAGAAAAAGGGUGUAGUAAGAAUGAGUAGUCAGGGAGGGGUAGGGGGUUUCAGGAACUGCCUGGGACAGCCCAAUCCCUGGGCCUCUGCAGAUCCCUCUCUAGAGUCUUCCUGUCCUCCGGCAGAUCCUGUCCUCUACAAAUUGGCUGAGGGUCCCCUUCUCUAGGUCAUUGAUAGGAACAGGACUGGUCUCUCUGCUGCCCAGGGGAGCCCCACUGGUGACUGGAUACCAGCUGAAUUGAACUGUCCCCUACCACUCUCUGGGUCUGGCCAUCCAGACCCUUUUUUACAGUGAGCAGUGGACUGUCCAAGCCACGGGCAGCCAGUUUCUCCACAAGAAUGCUUUGGGGAAUGGUGUCAAAGGCUUAACAAAAGCCUGGGUGAACAUCAUCCUCAGCCUUUCCCUCUCCCACCUUGCAAGUCACUUUAUCAUAGAAGUAAGGCUGUGGACAAUCCAGGAAACUUCAUUGCACCCUGCUUUAAGGGUAGAAUAAAGGACCCUGAGAACUACCAAUCUGCCUCCCCACAGUCUUCCCUCUGUGUCUGGGAAGUCCCACUUUGAUACCUGCUCUUCCCAUGAUUCUUACCCAUCAGGCCUUGACCCUUUCAUCACCACUGUCAAUUCCUAGACAGUCAAAACACUCCUUCAUAUAGAGGGCUAUCCCACGGCUUCUCUUUCCUUGCUGAGUCCUUCUGAAGAGUUUCUCUACUCCCAACUCCUUGUGCAACACCAGCCUAUUUGCUGGCAGUAUGGUGUGGAGCAACAAAGGCCUUGAUGCUCAGCACUGAUUGAAACAUUCCAGGGUUAUCAAAAAUCUUUUCAGCACAAAUCCAAACCACAGGCCCAUUGGAAGAAAUUGAAUUCUUCCUGCCCAGCUCGUGUUCUCCAGCCUUUAGUCCAUGUUGUGUAUGUUCUGCUCAGGUUCCACACCAUCAUGACACAUCCUCACCGUUCCUUUGCCCUGAAAUGUCUGGGAAAUGUCCAUUAAUCCCCAGUGCUGGGCAGCAGCUGUUGUGUGGAGCCAGUGAGGAGGAGAGUGAUGGAAGUAGAGGAUCUUGUAGAGCCAGACAGGAGAAGCAGUUCCACGGGGCUGUGCAGCACUGUCACUAUUGCUCUGGGUAGAAGUGGUUCCCCAAGUCUUCUGCUUUCCUCUUUUUAAAAAUGGAGGGUUAUAGUUCCCUUUUUCCAGUCAUCAAGGACUUUUAACUGCCAUGGUUGAAAAAAAAAAAAAAAAAAAAAAAAAAAAUUGGAUAAUGGCUUAGCAACUUCCGCUAGCUCCAUCAGGUCCUGGGAUGUAUCUCUUCAGGUCUCGUGGAGUUAAGCAAAUUCAGGUUCCUUAGAUAGUCUUGAAUCUGAUCCUCUCAGUGGGUUUGGGGUCUUUAUCAGUGCCUGCAUUUGCCUGUCUCAACUUGGGCAGCAUGGCUGGAGCACUUGUCAUUGAAGACUGAGGCACAGAAGUCCUUGAGAACCUCAGGCUUCUCUUUGUCCAGGGUAGUCAGGUCUCCUGUUUCCUUCUGGAGAAGGUCUGUGUUAUCCCAACUCUCUUGCUUGCAACAUAUCUAUAGAAUCCCUUCCUGUUAUCCUUAAUAUCCCUGUCCCUGCUCUCCCCUUAAUCUUCACCCACAAGCUCUCAGCUUGCUCCCUGUACUUUCCCAGACAGAAUUCCAUAUCCAUAGAGGGCUACAUCCCCUCCUCAUCUUCCUAGCCUGUCUUUUCUAAAAAGCCUAAACCCUUCCAUUCCAGUGCUCUAGUCAUAAGAGCCAUCCCACCAUGUCUCUAUGAUAGUCUGCUUUCCUUUUCACUUGUUGGUUGUUGCCAGUGCUUGCUUUUAUUCAAAUGAGAAAAUUGCCAAGUAGUUUGGUUAAAAAUGGCUUUCCCAAGUGUUUGGAGGAGAUGAAAGAACCUGAAACUGCUUCAUCUGCUAAAUCCAUGAAGGUGGGAUGCUGUAUAAACUGCACUGCUGCAACUAGCCAGUAACUUCCACUGAUAUUUUAACUAUUAAAAAUAUGACUUCAGUCAUG